CUCUGGGGUCAGCAAUGCAUUGUCUCAUUUCCUUUAUGAUUUUAGGAGCAUGAGCACUGAAGAGAUGAUUGGGGGAAGAAAUAUUACCAAGAUCACCCAGUUCAUCCUCCUGGGAUUCUCAGAUUUUCCCCAAAUCACAGUACUGCUUUUUGUCAUAUUCUUGAUGAUCUACAUUAUGACUGUGACCUGGAACUUGUCCCUUAUUGCUUUAAUAAGAAUGGAUUCCCACCUUCACACACCCAUGUAUUUCUUCCUCAGUAAUCUCUCCUUUAUAGACCUCUGUUUCGUUACUUCCACAGCCCCCAAGAUGCUUUCCAACUUCUUCCAGGAAGAGCAAACUAUCAGCUUUGUGGGCUGCAUAGUUCAAUACUUUAUCCUUUCCACUAUGGGGCUGACUGAAUGUUGCCUCAUGACAGCCAUGGCCUAUGACAGGUAUGCUGCCAUUUGUAAUCCUCUUCUCUACUCAUCAAUCAUGUCACCCACACUAUGUGCUCAGAUGGUGAUGGGAAGCUAUACAGCAGGACUCACAGGUUCUGUAUCUCAGAUAUGUGCCUUGCUGCAGCUCCAUUUCUGUGGACCUAAUGUCAUUAAACAUUUCUUCUGUGACAUAUCUCAGCUGUUAAAUCUAUCCUGUAGUGAUGCUUUUUUUAUACAGGUCCUUCUUGCUAUACUAACAAUGUGUUUUGGAAUAGCAAAUGCCUUAGCUACCAUGCUGUCUUAUGGUUUUAUCGUCCUGUCCAUCUUAAAGAUCACUUCAGCUAAAGGCAGGUCCAAGGCCUUCAACACCUGUGCUUCUCACUUGACAGCUGUUUCCCUCUUCUAUAGUACUGGCAUUUUUGUCUAUUUGCGAUCCAGCUCUGGUGGCUCCUCCAGCUUUGACAGAUUUACAUCUGUCUUCUACACUGUGGUGAUUCCUAUGUUGAACCCUUUGAUAUACAGUCUGAGGAACAAAGAAAUCAAAGAUGCCAUGAAGAGGUUGCAGAAAAAGAAAAUCUGCAGCUAAGGCUGCAGAUAAGAUUAUUUCAACAAAAUGCCAUGUCAGAUUUACUGCUAUCCUACACUCAUGUA